UAUUAACUCUUAUUCACAAUUCUCAACGAUAAUAUAUUCAUAAUGCAGACAAAUAGCCUCUCACUAUAAAAUAUACAAAUGAAAUUAGUGCCUCUCAUUUCCUCUACCUUUUUACUUUCACACUGUAUAUCAUAAACUAUACAACAAUUAUUUUAAUCACACUUUUCCCAAUCCCAUAUACUAGUAUAUUAUAAAUAAUACAAUACAAUAAUAUACUCACCAAACAAAUUCUUCUUUCAAACAUUCUAUUCUAACUUGCUUGCGUUCAAUAUUCUAUAAUGGCUAACUCUACUCUUUUACAUUCGUUGCAAUUUCUUUUGAUUUUCAGUUGCAUGUUGUUAAAUGCAGGAACCUUGUCAAAUGGUGCACGAUAUCACGACACAACCUUCAACUCUUCAUCUUCUUCAAACUCAUCCAACGAUAACCACCACUGGACCGGACCUGUUGGUCACCUUGUAAUAACGGUUGAUCUCAACGGCGGAGGCCAGUUCAGUUCCGUCCAAGACGCCGUCAAUGCUGUCCCAGACAACAACACAAUGAAAGUGCUUAUUAAAAUCAGUGCAGGAAAAUACAAAGAGAAAGUGGUGGUUCCCGUGACGAAACCGUACAUAACAUUUGAAGGUGAAGGGAGAGAAGUGACCGUGAUAGAAUGGCAUGAUAGGGCGAGUGAUCCUGGUCCCAAUGGACAACAGCUACGGACUUAUAGAACUGCUUCUGUUACUGUUUUCGCUAAUUAUUUCUCUGCAAAAAAUAUCACCUUCAAGAACACAGCACCGGCACCGAUGCCGGGGAUGCAGGGAUGGCAAGCGGUGGCGUUUCGGAUAUCAGGCGACAAAGCGUACUUCUCCGGCUGUGGAUUCUACGGUGCACAAGAUACACUUUGCGAUGAUGCUGGUAGGCAUUACUUCAAAGAAUGCUACAUUGAAGGUUCCAUUGAUUUCAUUUUCGGAAAUGGCAGAUCCAUCUACAAGGAUUGUGAGCUACAUUCAAUAGCAUCAAGGUUCGGUUCCAUAGCAGCACAGGAUAGAAAUGACCCAACGGAGAAAACGGGCUUUGCAUUUGUACGAUGCAAGGUGACGGGCUCAGGCCCAUUAUAUGUGGGCCGUGCAAUGGGCCAAUACUCGAGAAUAGUAUACGCGUACACAUACUUUGAUAAUAUAGUUGCAAACGGUGGUUGGGAUGAUUGGGAUCAUGCCGAUAACAAAAACAAGACUGUGUUCUUUGGAGUGUACAAAUGUUGGGGACCAGGAGCAGAUGCAGUACGUGGGGUGUCAUGGGCCCAAGAGUUGGAUUUCGAUUCUGCACAUCCAUUUAUCAGAAAAAGCUUUGUCAAUGGAAGACAUUGGAUCGCACCCAAUGAUGCUUAGCCAUUAUACCAUUUUUAAUAUCAAUGUAAAAUAAAUACCAAAUAUUACAUUAAGAAAAGGCAUUUUUUUGUUUUUAUAUAUAGAAAUUCAUUUGUGUGUAAUUUUAUAUACUCUUCUCAGAGGGAAUAAUGUAUGACUCUUUUUAUCGAGAA